AUGCUGCGGCGCCACCACUGCCGGCGCUGCGGCAACGUCUUCUGCGACACGUGUUCCUCGGCGCGCAUGCCGCUGGUGCACUCGAACUACUUUGCGCCCGUGCGCGUGUGCGCCAAGUGCUCUGUCGCGGCCAAGAAAGCGCACGCGAAGAUGGUGUACCAGCGGCAGACGGGCCGCAGUCGGCGGCACGAGGCGACGACUGCGCCGCGGCGGCACAGCGACACUAGUGGCGGACGGGACGAGUUGUUGCACGUGGCCAGUGGCCGCAAUAGCAGUUUCGUGCUCUUGUCGGACGGCAGCGGUCGCACGGGCGACGGCGAUGGACAGCUCGAGGACACUGCCGCGGCGUGGACUGGACAGAGCAAUGGCGGGGGACGGAUACUGGACGACCGACGGGACGGGAGCGAGUUGUUUAUCGGCAGGAUCAACGGAGGGUCAAGCGCAGUGUCCAUGUCGAGUUUUCGCGCGAGAAACGGCGACAUUCUCACGUCGAAUGGACGACGUCGACGACGACGAGACAGAGGAGAAGACGUGGACGAAGACGGUAGAGGCCGAUCGCAGGUGGAAGUACGACGCGUGUCGCUAUCGGCGUUGCCGCUGGAUCGGAGAGACGUGGCGUGUGGAACUUACAGUGACCGCGAACGCACGACAAGUGACGAGACGGAUGAUGGCGGUGCACAUAAUAUGAACAGUGGCGGUGCCGGUGGCAGCGGUGGUUGUAGCAGGGACAGGUAUGCUGACAGCAGGUUCCAGACGCUGCCAGGUGAAGCCGUGUUGGUGAGGAACGACAAUGUGCGCUUGCGGUUUCUCGAUCACGUGGAACAUGUUGGGAGGUUGUAUGUGACCAACUUUCGACUUGUGUUCAGCCCAGCGUGGAAGGAGUCCGUGGACGAUAGUCGCGUGGUACGAUGUGGGCUGGAAGAAGCACGUACGAUGAUUCAUGCAGGCAAACUGGAGCUCGUUGAUGCGUGUGGGUUACACGCAACGUCAUACAAAUCGUACCAAGCGAUUCCACUCGUCACGAUCGAGCGUGUAAAGCGAAAAGAGAUGGUAGAGACGGAUAGUGGACUCCUGGAAAUUGUCGGCAAGGAUUUUCGCUGGCUGCAGUUUGUCUUUGAAGGGUUGGUGUCGAAACAAACGUUCAGCAAAUUUGAUCGCUCGUAUGCGCUUGCGCGAUUGCACGCAAUUGGUGAACCAGAAGGAAAAGUGGACGAGUUUGCAAAGUUUUCGCUGGAAAGGUUUGACGGCGUCAAUGGUGCAGUAGAUGGCUGGACGAUAUUUGAUGCAGUGACAGAGUUCCAGCGAAUGGGCAUAUCUUCGUUUACGGAUCGCUGGCGACUGAGCUACAUAAAUGGUGCGUACGAUCUGUGUCCGACGUAUCCAUCCGUAUUGGCCGUGCCCACCGCCGCGUCCGAUCGAGUACUAGCAGUGGCCUCGAAGUUUCGGUCGAAGGGGCGGAUACCGGUUCUCUCGUGGCGCGAUCGCAAAACAGGAGCAGUGAUUUGCCGCAGCAGUCAGCCACUUGUUGGACUCGGACAGAAGCAGUGCGAUAAAGACGUGUUCCUCAUUCAAGCGAUUGCAGCGACAAAUCCUUCGUCGACCAAACUCGUGAUCAUUGAUGCGCGACCGUGGAAAAACGCGAUAGCGCAGAAGACUGUCGGUCGCGCUGGAUAUGAACUCACCGAACAUUACGAGACUCGGCAUACCACAGCAAAGCUGAAGUAUACAGAUAUGGUAGCAUCAGAACAGAGCGCAGCAGCAGCAGCUGCUGCAGUAUCUGCUGGUCCUACAGCAGGUACUAUUCCUGAGAUCUCCGUCGAUGGAGACAUGCAUUAUUUGGAUAGAUCUUGCGGAAUCAAUGGAUCGGGUGGUGGUGAUGCAGGCCGACACAAUUCGGAACCGACGAGACCGUCAUUGGUCUUGACCGAGUGCAAGCUGAUAUUCAUGGGUAUCGAAAACAUCCACACGAUGCGUAAAAGCUACCACAAGCUUAUGGACUUGUGUACUACAAAGCAGAACAACGACAAGUGGCUUGACCAGUUAGCGUCUACCCACUGGAUGGACCACGUCUCUCGCAUUUUGGACUCAGCUGUUGAGAUUGCACGGAUCGUCAAGGAACAGAAAUCGAGCGUCCUGAUUCACUGCAGCGACGGGUGGGACCGUACGGCACAGCUGACGUCGCUGACAGAGCUGUUGAUCGAUCCCCACUACCGCACAAUCGACGGAUUCCAGCUACUGAUCGAGAAGGAGUGGUGUUCGUUUGGCCACAAAUUUAGAGAUCGAACGUCACACGGAGCCAGCAACAGUUCCAAUGAGUUCUCUCCGAUAUUCUUGCAGUGGAUUGACUGCGUCUGGCAAGUUUUGGUCCAGUUCCCGAGCGCUUUUGAGUUCAAUGAGCGAUACCUCAUCCUUAUCCUUGAUCAUCUGUACUCGUGUCGAUUUGGUACAUUCCUGUACAACUCGGAACGCGAGCGCCUGGAGCAGGAAUCGGUGCAUCCGACGCAGUCGCUGUGGUCGUACCUCAGCACGAUCGAUCGCGCGAUCGUGAUGAAUCCUUUCUAUCGACCGCGAACGGCAUCCCGUACGAAGUGCACAGAGAGCGUCACAGCCACUGAGCAGUGCGUGGGAAAGAUGGCGGUACCGGCGUACGGAAGUUUGCCCAAUGAAAGGUUCAAAGAUGGAUUCGGGUUGUCCGUUGGGCUUGAUGCACGUUGUCGUACUACCACUGCAAUAGCUUGCAAAAGUACGGGGUCCGUGGACUUGUCACCUUUACGCUCCGAGGCUGAGUUAGCGGAUACAGGCGCAGGUAUUCACUUCGGGUUGGAUGUGCAGCGUGACCGUUUCGAUAAUGACGAUUUGCAGCAAAGAGGCAAUGGCCGGGAUUGCGAGCGUGAGUCAGACAUGAGAAGUGUCCAGUCAUCCUGUCCCCGUAAGCUUGUAAUAAUGCGUGACCUCGAUUCGGGCUUGUCAUUCCCACAAUCCCUAGACGCGUCGUCUCUGUCCAAGUAUACCUCCCCACUACCAGUUGCACCCCGCUCCCGGUCACUCAACUUUUGCUCGAACGCAGGCGACAGUGCAGCUGUUGGAAGAGAGCGGGUGCCAAAUGCUCGCUCGUCUAUGACAUCUUUUGUAGUGCCAGCAGAGGAGCUGUCUGCGAGCGCUAUGUGGACUACUUCUGGCACUGGAAAUGCAGCUGAGGCCGAUGAGGCUGGUCGCUAUGGUGACUCCGCGUCUUGCGAAGAUGUGAUCAUACCGUCCAGCUCGAUGAAGUCGCUCCAUUUCUGGGUUCACUACUACUUGAGGUGGGAUCCAAACAGUCAUUUCGACCGUGAUGCAAGCGUGAAGCUGGAAACGUUGCAUUUGGGCCUGGUAUUGCAGAUAAAAGCAUUAACGCAGCGGAUCGAUACCGUUCGAGAAGGUGAAGCUGCGAAGUGGGAGCACAAGAUGCAGCAUAGUUUGUAUGAUUCGCAGAAUCGUUGCGAUUGCGUUGGAAGUACCACGAGCAGCUUGUCGCCAUUACGAGGUCGUCGUUGUUGCAAUCAGCGAGCAACAUCGGGAGGCAGUACGUCUUCUCAGGACUCAGGAUUUGGUGCAUCUCUUACGACCGAAUCGAAAGAUGCCAUUGCUAGCUCGCAAGAUCUGGAGAGCCAGAUCGCGAGGCUGAAGUUUGAAAAGCUCGAACGACUUCGAGAAGCAGAAGACAUCUAUGAGGAAGAGCUCACUCGUUUGCUACGAGAAGCUGAUUGA